CACGUAGAAGGCGAAGAGAGAAGGCUCAACGGAAUCUCAGCGCUUUAUUUCAUCAGCCGUCUGGCUUCGAGACACGCAGCUGCCAGCCUCUCUCUGCUGUAGGGAAACCUCUCCUUCGCUCUGCCUCCGCGUCCAGAGAAGAAAAAUGUGUGGUAUAUGGGCCUUAUUUGGGAGCGAUGAGUGUCUGUCGGUUCAGUGCACCUCUGCCAUGAAGAUCGCGCAUCGUGGUCCCGAUGCUUUCCGCUUCGAGAACGUCAAUGGUUUCACCAGCUGCUGCUUCGGUUUCCACCGUUUGGCCAUUGUGGAUCAGCUGUAUGGCAUGCAGCCCCUGCGAGUGAAGAAGUUCCCUUACCUCUUCCUCUGCUACAACGGCGAGAUCUACAACCAUAAACGGCUGAGGGAUCACUUUGAGUUUGACUACCAAACCCACAUGGAUGGAGAGAUCCUGCUUCACCUGUACGAUCGCUUCGGCGUCGAGAAGAUGGCCACCCUGCUGGAUGGUGUGUUUGCCUUCAUCCUGCUGGACGUAGCCAAUAGGAAAGUUUUCCUUGGGAGAGAUACAUACGGCGUGAGGCCCAUGUUCAAGCUGCUGACCGAUGACGGCUUCCUCGCUGUCUGCUCGGAGGCCAAAGGUCUAACACAGAUCACACACUCCAUGUCUGAACCGGUGAAGAUCACCCCGUUCCCACCAGGCCACUUCGAGAUCUUUGACCUGCAGCCGAAUGGAAAGGUGAAGUCUGUCAAGAUGGACCGUUUUCAUUGCUGCACAGACGAGCCCAAACAUGCUGUUUAUGACAGCGCUGAGGCACUUGGAAAAGGCUUUGCUCUGGAGACAGUGAAGGCCAACAUCAGGAUCCUGUUUGAAAACGCAGUGAGGAAACGUCUGAUGGCCCACAGGAGAAUCGGGUGCCUCCUCUCAGGUGGACUUGACUCUAGCCUGGUCGCAGCUACGCUCGUUAAGCUGGCCAAGGAGCAGGAGUUGCAGUACCCCAUUCAGACGUUUUCAAUUGGGGCAUGUGACAGUCCAGAUGCUAUCGCUGCACGCAAGGUAGCAGCCCACAUAGACAGUGAACACCACGAAGUGAAUUUCACCCCAGAGGAGGGCAUCAAGGCUCUGGAGGAGGUCAUCGUUCACCUGGAGAGUUAUGACAUCACCACAGUGCGCGCUUCUGUUGGUAUGUACCUGGUGUCCAAGUUUAUUCGUAAGACUACUGACAGUGUGGUCAUCUUCUCUGGCGAAGGAUCUGAUGAACUCACUCAGGGCUACAUCUACUUCCAUAAGGCUCCGUCUCCGAAGGCUGCUGCAGAGGACAGUGUGCGUCUGAUGAAGGAGCUGUACAUGUUCGAUGUGCUGAGAGCAGACAGGACGACAGCCGCUCACGGAUUGGAGCUGAGAGUGCCUUUCCUGGAUCACAGGUUCUCUGCCUACUUUCUCUCCCUGCCUCCAGAGAUGAGGGUGCCCAAGGAUGGGGUGGAGAAGCAUCUUCUGAGGGAAUCGUUUAAGGGGCUGAACCUGAUUCCAGAUGAGAUACUGUGGAGACGUAAAGAGGCUUUCAGUGACGGUAUGACGUCUGCAAAGAAGUCCUGGUAUGCGAUCCUGCAGGACCACAUUGAGUCUGAGGUUAACGACUCUCAGUUAGAGAAAGCGGCCAAGCUGUACCCUCAUAACACCCCCACAACAAAAGAAGGCUACUAUUACCGGCAGGUGUUUGAGAAGCAUUACCCCGGCCGCUCUGACUGGAUUUCCCAUUACUGGAUGCCCCGCUGGAUCAAAGCUACUGAUCCUUCUGCGAGAACCCUUUCCAUCUACAAGCCGGACAAGGACCAGUAAUCGGGCGUGUACAGUCAGAACAGCUGGCCUACAUGUUACGCUGUAGAUUGUGCCUUACCUUUUUUUUUUUUUUUUUUUUUUUUUUUUUUUUGGUUAUUCGGUCCUCUGCCCCAUUUUAUUUAAAUAUAAUUGCCCUUUUUCGUUCGCAGCAUAAUUUAAACCACUUUUAUUCAAUUUUUUUUAUGUCUGCAGUUCCACCUCUAAAAGUAAUGGAUCUCUGAAGUCUGACUGUUUUUAAUUGCUGCCAUUCUUAGCAAUUAGUGCCCACUCAAAAGCCCCAUGUUUACAGAAACAGAAACCUGUUUCGGGAAAACUGGUUACAUUUAUACUUUUUUUUAGUGUUUCCUUGAAGCAGUCGGUAGAUUCAGGAAAACUAGCUGCACCACGUGUUUGUAGAUGCUUGCGCAUUCAGCGUUUUCAAAUACCUGUUAUAAAGCAAGGGUAUUCAAAGGGAGUUUGUUAAAACAGUUCACUAAUCAGGUGAGCUGUCUGGAAACUUGGAGACAUUUAUUCUCUCAUUGUACCGAUUGAUAUGAGUGGAGGUGGGACGUGAAGUGUUCACAACUUGCUGUUCUGUUCUCCGAUUUAUGCUUGUUUUUUUUUUUCUGUGCCCUAAACGUUUAGCGCACAGUGCAUACUUGAAUCAGCCUGGCUUUGGUUCCCUGGCUGGGCCACCAGGGUUCUUUCUGGGUGGAUUUUGCAUGUUCUCCCCACGUCUGUGUCGGGUGCUCCAGUUUCCUCCCAUAGUCCAAAGACAUGCAGUCAGGCUAAUUGGACUCGCUAAAUUGCCCCUGAUUGCGUGUGUGGCUGUAUGUGUCCGUCUGUGCUGGACUGGUGCCCUUUCCUGCCUUCAGCCCAAAGACCGCUCCAGCACCGCCUCCCUUCCCAUGACCCAAAAGGGAUAAGUGGUUUUCUUAAGUUUUGGGGGGGGGGGGGGGGGGGAUAUUUUAUGCCCCAUUUAACCCCAUUAACACUGGCUUGAGCCUUAUUACAUGGAAAAUGAUAAGUUAUUGAGUUCAACUGUGACACCACCACAUACGGAGACGUGUGGCAUACCUAUAUCUAAUGAUUAACACUUGUUAGAAAACGGUCGGACUGAGUAAUGGAGAUUUUAAGGGGUUAUAAAAGAUCCCUUUAGCUUGUACACAGUAGAGGCAGAGCUUCUCUUUCCUUGUCUUUUUCUCUGCUUUAAUACGUCUCAGCUUCUGCUGCCUUUGAUUGAGUUGAUAAUAUGUUAGAUUGUUAUUACAGUCAAAUUACUAAACACUAUGCAAAAGCCAAAGACCACCUUUAAUUUAUUUAACUUCCAGUCAAUGGCUGUUGGGUACAAGCUAUUUAUUUUUUAGGGGAUGUUCUGAGAAGAUGAGAUAUAUGAUAAUCUACAUGCAUAAGGAAGGAGAAAGAAAAAAUGGGAGAUUCCAAAACAAGGUCCAAAAUAUAGAGAGAAAAUGGGGCUUCUAACAACCGGGCGAGACCAGGUAGACACCAGAACUGUUCCCCAACGGAUAAUCAGCACUUAAACUUUAGUCUUUUGCAAAAGGAGGAGAACGCCAGCUGUGCCUCAGAGUCCAGGCCUCAGCGGCACUGAAUAUGUUUGGGACUAUUUGGAUGGUGAGAAAGAAAAUGCAACAAACUUCUAACACUGAACUUUGGAGUUUUGGAAACGUAUCGGUGCAGAUUUUGUGAAACUUAACACGACUUCCUUGUUUAAUCCACUCUUAAUUCUCUUCUUGAGCUAAUGUAUAGGACCUAAAAUAACCUUUUGGCGAUGUAGGAUGUGCAGUGGAAUCUGAGGUCAUAGCAAUUUGUUUUUGGGAAUAAAGUUUUUCUGGGCUUGGCUUGUGUGUCUUGGUUGAAUAUUAAACCAUGUAAUGUAAUGUAAUGUCUUAUAUAUGGUUAUAAAUAAAGACCUUAUAUAAA